AUGGCUUCCCUGCCUCCCUUGGACCACAAUCCAAGCCCGCGAAGCUAUCCCCCACUGGCACCCUCCACCUCUGCUCCCAUCGAUAGACACCAGGAGGUCCACCACAUACAUGACAUGUCAAGAUCCGCCGAAAGGACACCUCCCGAGGCUGGAACCAACUCUCCCAGAUCUUUGAGAAGUGCCGGGAAUCCAAAGAUCAUUGUCAAGAAAGAGCCCCCUUCUUCACCUAUCCAGCCAGCCGCCAGACACAGGCCGCGGAAACUAGAUUUGAAUACCUCAAGUGUUACAAACGGACCUGCCACUGCCAGACCUAACGGGAGUGCUCCUGGGACUGGCAGGGAUGCCCUCAAUUCGCUCCACGACGUUGGUCUGGCCUGUCUCUCCCCCGGUUUUCAGACUCAUGACCCUACUAUGCGCGAACAACUGCAGAGAAGUCUCUCCGUCCGGGACCAGCAGCGCUCCAUCAUCGAGCAGCGUCUACUCAAAUCUGCCAAGGGCGAUGCGCACGAUGUCUCCAGGCCUGGAGAGACUCCCACAACAGGAAAGCAAGGCCCAAGCACUAAAAAGCGCCCUCCUCCUGGCUUGUCUAUCGUUCCGCCUGCAGCUGAACGUUUUGCCAACGAGCGAGUCAUCCAGUCCGCUCCCCUCAACCAGACAUUCACAGGCCGCAAUGACCCACCACCACCUCGCCAAGUGUCAGGGCAAAAUCCGGCGCACGGCACCACCAUCCAACAAAUCCCCGCCAUCCAGACCUCAAAUCGACUCCCUCCCAUAUCCGACGUCUUUGGCGCGAAUGAGCUACACCCCGGCCAGACGCGGCCUCCGUUCUUACAUGCUAAUUCAACGCCCGCUCACUCGCAUGGUCCGCCAUUGCCGUCGCCAAGCUUUCCACCCCAGACUGCUCACCCAAUGUCUCAACAUGCGUCCGCCUACGAACGGCCACGAGAGUACCGGUCCGCCGAGGAUGCUGUGCACGAAAUGACAGGUGGUCGCGAGGACCUCCAGCCCAGAUUAGUCCACUAUGGUGGCCACCAGCCUCCGACGCCCCCUUCACCAAGCCACCGGCACAAUCUCACCCCCCACAAAUAUCAGCCUGCUCCGCCCGUGGCUGGCCAGAGACGAAGUAGGAAUGAAUAUGAGGCUGACAGCAGCCCCCCACUCGGCCAUGGGCGUGAGCCCAGGCUUGGACCUUUUGGCGAGGGUCGUGACAGUCCGGCCACGCAAAAAGCGAAGAAAGAUGAAUUUUUGUCCUUGUGCUCACGAGCCUGGGAUUUAUUUCACUCGUGA